UGUAAAGUGCCGAUCAAAACAGUGCAGCAGUAGACGGCUUGGAGCUCCAACAGUCAACACUGACUGACAUUCUCUCAAUCUUACAUAGUCCUUUCAAAAAAGUCCUUUAUAAAGAUCAGUGCGGGUCACUUCUUUUAAACAACUCUGUAAUGUUUUAAAAUGACACAAUGACGGCGACUAGACGAAGGUAGCAGUACCGAACAUGACCAAAACGGCAGAUUGUUUGGGUGAACGGCGGCUCAUGGGAAGCGACAGACGGGUCCAGUUUUCCUACAGAUACACAGACAGAUUACUGACAUCCUGAUAGCACCUGUGGCUUUAACAUUAGAGUUUUACACAAGUAUACGCGAUGGAAAGCCUCGGAAAGUUCGAGUUCAACAGGAAAGACUUGAUAGGACACGGCGCUUUCGCGGUGGUGUUUCGAGGAAGACACAAAAAGAAACAUGACUUUGAAGUGGCUGUGAAAUGCAUCAACAAGAAAAAUCUCGCCAAAUCACAGUCGCUCUUAGGAAAAGAGAUCAAGAUAUUAAAGGAGCUCAAACACGAGAACAUCGUCAGUUUAUUGGACUUUCAGGAAAUUUCAGGAUGUGUCUAUCUCGUCAUGGAGUAUUGCAAUGGAGGAGACCUAGCUGAGUAUUUACACUCUAAAGGGUCUCUAAGCGAGGACACAAUCCGUGUGUUACUUCAGCAGCUAGCGGGAGCCAUGAGCAUUUUAAGGAGUAAAGGCAUCAUCCACCGCGACCUGAAGCCUCAAAACAUCCUCCUCUCCUACAACACGGGUCGCAGGGCCAAUCCCAACAACAUCUGCAUCAAACUGGCUGAUUUUGGCUUCGCACGCUAUCUGCAAGGUGACACAAUGGCUGCCACGCUCUGUGGCUCUCCGAUGUAUAUGGCUCCUGAGGUCAUCAUGUCACAGAAUUACGAUGCCAAAGCUGAUCUGUGGAGUGUAGGGACCAUCGUUUUCCAGUGUUUGACUGGAAAAGCCCCUUUUAAGGCGAGUACUCCCCAGGAACUGUGCCAGUUCUAUGAAAGAAACCAGAGCCUGAAUCCCAGUAUUCCACGGGAAACUUCUAGUCACCUCAGGCAUCUGCUGCACGGUUUGCUGCAGAGGAACCACAGAGAGCGCAUGGACUUUGAUGAGUUUUUUCACCAUCCUUUCCUGGAAGCUAAUUCAUCUGUGAGGAAAUCCUCUCCUGUGCCCAUGCCCGUGUAUCCCAGCACCAGCUCUUCAAGCAGUGGUUCUUCAACAUCUCAACUCACUCCUACUCAGUAUGACACUGAAACUCAGAAGCCCCUCCCACAGACUAACAUAGGACAGUCUCCAGGUUCCUUGUUGAAGGAGUUGUCUUCAUCGGAGUCUGAUGACUUUGUCAUGGUGCCUGCUCAGUUCACCAGUGAACCAGUUAGCGCAGGAGGCCAGGAGAGUUUGAUGCGCAGCGGCCCUGUGGAUUGUUGUGGCAGUAGCUACAGUCAGUCUGUGCCUGUUCCAGUGCCGACACAAAAACAAAACUACCGGAGGAUGGAGCAGAACCUACAAGCAUCUGACAGGACAGGAGCACCACUGUAUCACUGCAGCUCCAGUGGAUUUCCAACAUGUGGAAUAACUGAGGCUUCUCCAGAGUCAGGAGGAUCCAGACCUUAUCUACCCUUCCCACAGGUGGGAACUUUUCCUAAAACACCCAAUCAGCAAGAACCUGUUGGCAGUAGGACAGAGACAGAUGCUACCAAUGUGUGGCAAAAGCAGUGUAAGGUCUCUCCUCUUUUCACUGACCUUACAGCCAGGGAAACAACCCUGACCCACAGACACAUUGGCCACUGGAACAGUCCAGACUAUGUAGUGCACAGAUGGGAUUUGAAUCAGCGCCCCAGUUCUUGUCAAGCUACGUCACCAGUUCAGAGAGGUCUGAAGGCUCGAAACAAAACCCUGUCUGACCUAAAGGAGUUGGUGCAGGGCCCCGCCGCUGGGCCCCGUGUGUCCCUGUUCAGGCCAGUGGAGAGAAGAGACACCAUCAAAAGGUCAGUAAGUACGGGGCGUCUCUCAGAUAAGCUGCUGAAGGCUGUGUUUGGACCUCAGCUAGACAGAGGCAGCUAUGAUAAUUUAUAUGCUGACAGAGCCACGGACAUCACAGCGCCCCCUUGUGGCAGUGAUGGCACAGAACAGGGUUCAUGCAGUCCUGCUGAAGCUGUCUUCACAUUGGGCACUCCUGAAUACGGACGAACACCUCCUCGCGCUAUUCGACCAAGACGUUUCUCAGUGGGCACUCCCAGUCCGACAAGCCCUGGCUGGACCUUUGGCCACUUUCACGAGACCCACGGUUCACCUGACAGUCUGCGCUAUGGUUACACAGAUCCCGUGGCAACGAACCUGUGUGAGGGCGUGGCCUUUGUGCCACCUGAACUGCCGGAAGAGACACUGAUGGAGGAGGGUCACACAGACUUGCUAAGCCAGCUGCGCUUCAUUCUAGCUUUUACCCACUGCAUCAUGGAGUUCGCUAGAGAAAAGGAUGCUGGGAUUGAUAAGAGCUUGGGACUUGAUGCUUCAUUUCUAGAGCAAAGCAUCGUGGCUGACCAGAUUAGCCAGCUGAGCCACGAAUGGAGCUCUGCAGAGCAGCUGGUUCUCUAUAUGAAGAGUGCCGAGCUGCUGUCCUCUGCAUUACACACAGCCAAGGAUGGAAUUAAAGAAGCAAAACUCUACCCAUCAGUAUCUGUAAAACAAGUUGUUCGUAAGCUGAACGAGAAGUAUAAAGACUGUGUCAGCUCCUGUCAUUCCCUCACUGAGAAAGUGCAGUUGUUCUUCAGCAGCAAGCAAAGACUGAUGGACCGCAUGAGCAGCGUUACUGCAGAGAGACUCAUCUACACACACACCAUUCACAUGGUACAGACUGCUGCACUGGACGAGAUGUUUCAUCUUGGAGAAACGUCUGUCGAGAAAUACCAUAAGGCUUUACUGCUGAUGGAGGGGUUGUCUUUAAUCAUUGCUGAUACUGACGACCUAAACAAUAUUAACAAAUGUAAACAGUGUAUCGAGAGACGCCUCUCGUCCCUUCAGCCCAGAGUAUGUGUGUGAUACCCUCAGUCUUCGAUGUGGACAUUUGCUUUGCUGUGUUUAAACCAUCCUCUGCAGCUCAGUUCAUCUCAGUUGCCAUUUGACAUUUCACACAAGUAAAACUUACUCAAAUGCACGAAAUGAAUAAAAAGGUGAGUAAAGACUGUAUGGAUCCUCAUAUGUAUCGUCUUUAUCAGUCCAAUAUGAACAUUUAAGAAAAACACUAUCUGUUUUAUUCACUUUAUAAACCAAUGCCUGUUUUUGACUUCAUGACAUUUCUUUACUCUAAGUAGUAUAACAUUUAAGCCAGUGUUGAGCAUCAGCCUGGAUGCUUGCAUGUUUUUGCAUGAUAUCUGAAGGGAAUUAUCAUUUGAAACCUGUAGUCAGCAAUCAUUUUUGUGAAACAUCAGCUUGCAAUGAACUGGCUGCUGUUAGUGUUACACUACAGAUGUAACGUUCUAAUGUGGCAUUUGACCAAAUUUGUGGCAAACCUUUGUAGACCUGCUGAUAAAGACUUUCUGUUGUCAUAGAGGUUGAAAAAAUACUUGAGAUUUGUAAUGUUUGAUUAUUAUACUGUUGUUCGCGUGGAUGUAAAGUGAAGCACUUUAUAAAACCAUUUGCCUUCUGGAUGCGGGAAAGAAACCACUUCAGAAAGACAAGUCUUUAAUGCAACUGCUAAUUUUUGUCGGAUUAGCCCAUGUAUGUAGCAAAUUGUAGCGUUUGUUUUUACUGUUAGCUGCUUUUGAAUGUAAAAGCAUGAAUAACUGUAUGACUGAAGCUGAUGUUUUCACAUUUGCUCCAGAAUGACAGACCUGUGGGAUGAAGUCAUGGCUUGUCUGGUUGUUGUAGUGAUUUAGUAGUGCCUAUGAUGUUUUUAGCGGAUGAACAUAUUGGUUUUAUUUUUACUCUGUAAAAAAUCUCCUCUGACUUAUACAGCAUCAAACUUUCACAGUUGAAUUGUGCUUUGAGAAUACAGCUGAUUUCAGCUCACUGGACGCUCAAAGCAAAUGUGUGACUCACAAUCAGAUAUACUAACAUUUUCCUGUUAUUUUUGCAAAAGUUUGCUCAUUACUUGCACUAUUUUUGCACCAACAAUAGAUUUAUCAGAGCUUUCAGGAUGAUCAAAACUAUUUUUAUUACCAUUAGCUUCUCUGAUAAUAACAAGGUUUCUUAUCAAGAUGUUUUAAGGCAUUUCGUUUGAAUUGUGUAUAGUAAAAUAAAACUUGAAACGUGAUGUUAGACAAAUUGAGAACAAUGAACAAUUUUCUAUAUUUGUUACAGUAUUUAUGAUUUUUUUCUGUAUUUUGGCUUUCAAAGAAGCCAAACCCAAAACCAGUGCAGAACUCAUGUAUGUGGUAUGGAUUUGUGUAAUUUAAUAAAUUUAUCUUGUAUUUUUA